AUGGCGGACUUUCCCCAGCGCAACAAAUCAUUCGACUCGAUGGCGUACCGCAGCCAGGCUGCGUACAAUGCCUCGCGCCGACAAUCUAACGACAAGCACUCCGAGCCCGCGAAGUCGUUCAACACGAUGACGUACCGUAGCCAGGCCGCGUACGAUUCCGCGCGCAGUCAAUCUAACGAAAAGUCCUCCGAGCCCACCAAGCCAUUCAACAAGAAUGUAUACCGCAGCCAGGCCGCCUACGAUGCCUCGCACGGAGAAUCUAAGGCGCAGCACUCCGAGCCCAAGAAGUCGUUCAACCGGAUGGCAUACCGCAGCCAAGCUGCCUACAAUGCCUCCCGCGGACGUCCGAACAAGAAGCACUCCGAGUCGGCUAAGUUGCAGCAGCCCAGUGUCGCCUCGAAGACCACUACCUCGCAGCAAUAUCACCCUGCCGCGAAGAGAACCACCACCUCAAAGGAGCAAAACCCGAGCGACGAUCUCCACGUCAUGACGGACGCCGAGGUAAAGCAAUGGUUUGCUGAAGCUGAGGCCGACUACGAGGCGGCGAAGAAGAGGGGAGAAUUCGACAACUACGUGCCCGCGGCAGGCCGUGCUCCUGACUUCAGCAAGUUCAGACAACAAUUCGAUGCCAACGGAAAGCCUGCCAAGGGUCUUGCCAAUUCCAGGCAUGCCCGGAAGGCACCCGAGGAUGAGGAACCCGAGAAGAAGUGA